AUGAGUAUCUUUGACAGAAGAAGAUCAUAAAAUUAGGAAAGAAAGCGAUCAUCCUCAAAAGACUCACUCGAUCAAAUUAAAAUUGUUAAGAAUCAUAAAGAGAGCACAAACUCCUCAAAGACAAAGCAAAAAUAAGAGAGAAAAAUAACGGAAGAGGAAAAAAAAUCCACUCAAAGCGCCUCGAAGCAAGACAAAAAAUAAGUGUCAUCUUCACCAUUAAAUAAAUCAGAAUCAAGUUCAGCAAGGCAGAGAAAAACGUAUAGGGAAUACAUAGAGGAUCAUUUCGAUGAGCUAUUUAAGAAGAAAGCUCCAUUCAAAAAGAAGAAAUCUUCAGCAGCAAAAAAGAGUGGUAAAGACCGAAAUAGCCAUCAUAGCAGUCACAAAUAUAGUCAUCGCAAUCGAGAUGACACUUACGACAAAGAUCAUCAUCAUAAAUCCAAUCAUGCCUCUUCAAUAAGUCACAGAUCUAAAAAGAUAUCUGGAAGAAGAGAUUAACAUCAUAAGAGUAAGCAAUCAAAGGAGACACACAACAAAAAGCAGGUAAGCUAGAGAGAUGAAAAGUCGUAGAAAGAUCGUAAAUAAGAGAAGAGUUUUAAGGAGAAGUAAAGAGAACAAGAUUUACUCAAUAAUACUAAGGCAUAGAAGAUUAUCGAAGAGAUGAAGAACCAAAGUGCUUAAGAUAAGGAGAUGAUAGAUUUAGAUUCAUCUCCAGCUGUAUAGAAAAUCCAACAGCAUGAAAACUUUGAGGUAAAGUACUAGGAAAAAAUAAAAUCUAUUCCAAAGAUAUUAAGAUCAUGGCCAUAAGACCCUAAAAAGGACGGAUUCUCUUUGAAUUCAAAUGAGUAUAUUCCAAACUUGGAAGUCUUUGACUUUGCUUAAGUCGACUUGAUUAACAGAGUGGUUUCAAUGUGCCAAGGCUGGUCUGCUUUAAUUACUGAAAAUGAUGUUACAAUGCUUGGACCUGACUUUAGAACAUUCACAACUUAUGACUCUUCUAAUAUUAUUUCUGUGUAGGAAUGCUCGGAGCGCAAUGAAAAGCAAGGUAAACAGCACUUGGUUGCUUUUAUUUAGCCUAAAAUAAUUGAAGUGUUUAAGUGCAAAGGCUAUCGUUACAACUAUAUGACUUAGCAUUACAAGAUAUUCAUUGAUACAUUCUGGAUUAAUCUAGUCCAGGUUUUCAACAACAAGUUUGAAUUUGCUUUUGUGAGUUAGCUUCAACAGCAAAAGAUUCAAAUCUUUAAUUGGAAAGAUUUCAAGAUUCCUCAUUAGAAAGUGUAUAUGCUAGAAAUGAGUGAGAGAUCAGGUUAGCUGAAAGAUAAUGCUAUAGCUGAUUUGAAGUACUCAGACAAGAUGCUGAUUGCAAUGACUUAAAGAAACUACUUUUAUUUCUACCUGAAAAUUGAUAAGCAAAGUUUUGACGUUGAACUGCAGUAUAAGAUCAGGAUAACUAAUUUCUAGGCUGAAAAUGUGAGAAUGAACAUUCAAGACAUAAGAAUACUUUAUUAGAAAGUCAUAAUUAUUCUGAACACAAAUGAUUCUUACUUAUAUCAAUUCAAGAUCAUCUAUGAUGAGGAUGGUAAUGCCAAGAAAGUUCAAUAUAUUAACAAACUACUCUACUCUAUAUAUGAAUUGCAUGAGGAAGAGGGCUAAAUAUCGCAAUAUAAUGACGGUUCAUUAGAUUUGACAAGGUAAAUGUAGAAAGUGUGCUUAAGCGAUGAGGUAACUGAUCUGAAUCCUAAAAGAUUCAUUAUUGAUUCGUAUCUCUCUCUUAUUGUUAUUUAUGAUAGUACUGACAUUUACAUUACUAGUUUUGAGGCUUUUGGUAAAGGUAUUAUUAAUAAAUAUAACGUAGGCUAUGCUUAAUGUAAAUCAAAUAUGAUUACACUGCUAAGAGAUACAGAUAAAAUGAGAUUACUAUUUGGACAUGAAGGAGGUAUGAUUUUAAACUGGAAUAUUUUAUUAUGA